GCUCUACUUCCGGGAGUGGAGGGUUCGGUCGGCCUUUCAGUUUGCUGGGAGCCUCCCCGGAAAAAGCUCAUACACAGAACACCAAAACACAGCUGAGCAGGAAGAAGUCGGGGAUCGGGGCAGCUGGGGAGGAUGGCGCCCCCCGUGUGUGUGCAGGAGCCCCUCACAGCCCUGCAGCUGAAGCGCUUGGAGGAGCACAAGUACAGCGCUUCCGGGCGCUCCCUGACGGAACCUUUAAUGCAGAUCUACUGGAACUGGUUGGUAGAAAAGGUCCCCCUGUGGUUGGCCCCCAAUACCAUCACCAGCGUGGGGCUGUUUCUGAAUGUAGUUACCACGCUGAUUCUCGUCGCCUACUGCCCCACGGCCACGGAGGAUGCCCCAUUUUGGACCUUCAUACUGUGUGCAGUCGGACUUUUCAUUUAUCAGUCAUUGGACGCCAUAGAUGGGAAACAGGCUCGAAGAACAAAUAGUAGCUCCCCACUUGGGGAAUUAUUUGACCAUGGAUGUGAUUCAAUUUCAAUAGUGUUUGUGUCGGUGGGGACGAUUGCUGCAGUGCGACUCGGAACACUUCCCGGCUGGCUUUUCUUUUGCUGUUUCAUAGGCAUGUUUAUGUUCUAUUGUGCUCAAUGGCAGACAUACGUGUCGGGAACACUGAGGUUUGGAAGAAUAGAUGUCACUGAGCUCCAGCUGUCGGUAACAAUAAUGUUUUUGGCAACUGCGUUUGGUGGAACACAUUUAUGGGACUAUGAGAUUCCCAUGACUGGACUACCUCUGAAAACUAUCCCCCUUCUUGGGAUAGUGGGAGGAACAAUUUAUUCCUGCAGCAACUAUUUCAGAGUCAUCCUGAGUGGUGGAGUUGGCAAAAAUGGAUCAACCGUUGCAGGGACCAGUGUGCUGUUUCCUGGACUGCAUAUUGGAUUAGUUCUCUUACUGGCGUUAAUGAUAUACAAGAAAUCAACAAGUGACCUGUUUUACCAGCAUCCAAGUCUUUAUACGUUAACAUUUGGAUUUGUGAGCGCCAAGAUUACUAUUAAACUAGUGGUGGCUCAUAUGAGCAAAAGUGAAAUCUAUCUUCAAGACACCGCAUUCAUUGGACCAGGUCUCUUAUUCCUCAACCAGUAUUUUAACAGCUUCAUUGAUGAAUACCUUGUUCUCUGGUGUGCAAUGGCUAUUUCUCUAUUUGAGUUGGUCAGAUAUUGCAUAGCUGUUUGUCUACAGAUUUCAGCCCAUCUCCGAAUACCUAUCUUCAGAAUCCCUUCUAACCAAGCAGCGGAACAGGUACAAGUAAUACCACCUUCAGUGAACCAUCAGAAUAACAUUGACUGAAGAGACUUGCGAACACUUGCCAUCUCUUGCUGUUGCUGACAGAAGAAAGAGAAAGAAAUAAGUUAAACUAUUUUUAUAUUUAUGAAUUAUUAUUGUAAUAAAGUUUCCAGGAAUACUGUAUCACAUGCAACACUCUAGCUUAUUACAAGCCUCAUACAUACUGUGUCCAUCAAAAUCUUCUUUUGCAACAUAGCCAUUUCCUUCCUCAGUUCAUUCUGUGCCCCAGUGAGGAGGUCUUCGUGGUUUUUCUCCAGGUCAUUCAUGCUCUUAACAUAAAAAUAUAUGAAUACUAUAUGUAAUUAUUCCUAGUGGUGAGUUGUGUAGUUGUAGUAGGAGAUGUCUUAAAAGGGAAUAUCUCACAUAAUCAUUUUGUAUCAACCUUACCCUAUUCCACAAAGGGCGGUAAUUAAAGUAACUGCUGUUUCAACUGCAAAUAUAUAUAGAUAUAUAAAUAUAUAUAUAUAUAUAUAUAUAUUCAACCAACGCAUGUAGACACCUGACUAAUCUACCACACUAGUGGCUUUUCAUGAUUAUUCUGUUACAGGUUAAUAGUACAAAUAACCAACAGCCUGAGCUUUUAUAUAAUUUUGAGUGGGCUAGCUACAGUCAUUCUAGCACUUUGAUAGAGGCAGAUUUCAUCCAUAUACUAAAGAAUUCCAGAUCUCUAAAGCUGGAACUAAUUAUUGCUUACACUGGACUACGUGACGCCACAUUGCAUGCAUAUGUGAUGAAUUCCUUAUAAUUCAUUGAGCUGUGAAAUAAAAGAUGUGUGCGGUUUAUUUCAUUAUGUUACUAACGUGAAGGUCAAAAUUUUGUAUCUUAAUCUGAAUGCACUUGUCAUCCUGCAACAACACUAUAUACCAUGUGAACUACAUAGAAAGGUUUAUAUGAUAUACAUACAUAAUCAUUGUAUUGUAUUUUAUACUGUGCAGGUCAGGGUGGCUACCCAGAUGCUGAGGUCAAAUCACUACUUGAAAGCCACACUUUCUGAGCUAGCUGGCUCAAACCCAUGUAUAUAUGUAACAUAGCAAAUAAAGAAUCAAUAACAAA